ACUAGGCGGACAUUAAAAGUAACACUAUUUACCUGUGUUGACAGGUAGUGCAGCGGUACACUCCUUGAAAUGUGUUAAAUUAACAACAAGGCAUAUCUGUCGAUCCGUUGUUUCAAACUGAAAAGCUAAUUUAUAUGGACGAUAGGGCCUAUACCUGUUUCGUUGUUCACUUGGAAUAAGAUUAGAAUUAUAUUUUAAAAGAUUCUGAUCUAGAUUCACAUCUAGUAACAUAAGAUGCAGAUUUUCUAGAUUUGUUCUUCAAAAUUGAACGGAUUCAGGAAAAUAAAACAUUAAUCGCAUUUUUCUUGUAGUCUGACCAAGAGAGUCAAGGAUGAAAAGCUUUAAUAAUGUCUUGAGUCGCUAUCCAGCUCCAGAUUAACUCCCAACAGAGGAUAGUCCAGCUGUAAGCCUAGAAUGUAUAUGUAUCUAGCUUUCUUUAGCUUAGCCUUAUUGUGGACCCAUGGACAGACUCAGGGAAGUGACCAGCAGUGCUAUGCUAACAGGGACACCUUUGUACCUGAUACUCCUGUUCGAUUUGCAUUUAUGAUUUCCAUGAGGAAGAAAGACAGUUCUAAGGUCAUCAACAACUGUGCUCUAAUCAACAAAGAUGCUCUUCAGAAUUACCUGGCCGCAGAAUGGGUCGUGGAAAGGAUGAACAAAGCUAACAAUGGCACUGGCUAUAUACCAGGAAUUAAGAUUGGAUUUGAUGUCCUUGACGACUGUCAGUCUCCAGAAGCAGCAUCAAGAAAUGCCUUGACAUUUGUGGAAGGAUGGUUGCCAUCAUGGCUGAAGAACUGCACCAAGCCCACAAACUCAAUCAAUAUAGGGAUCAUUGGGCCUUCCAGAAGCACCUCAGCCUUGAGAGUGGCUUCUCUUUUGAGAGACAUAAAUGUGACCAUAAUAAGCUAUGCUGCCACCAAUGCUGACCUGACCAAAACUACUUACCCAACAUUUCUGCGCACAGUGCCAUCAGAUGUGGAUCAAAUGACUAUGAUUGCAAGUUUGAUGAAACAGUUGAACUGGACCUUUGUGGUCAUAGCUCAUAAAUCCAAUGAGUACGGUACAUCAGGAGCCAAGCUGUUGAGAGCUAAGUCAGAGGAACUCGGUAUCUGUGUGCAGGAUGUACUACCAAUCAUCGACUUCAAUCACAACUCAGAUUUUACUAAAUCACUCAUCUCCCUGCUUUUGCAAUCAAAGGGCAUCUCAUUGGCACUGGUUUUUAUUGGCAGUCGAGAUGAUGCAGAGAACCUGAUGUUUAUGAUCAACAAUAUGGCACCUCAGAAUAGGAUUAACAAAUUUGGUCUCCACGUCAUUUUAUCCGAUAGUGCCAACACAGAUGACACCAUAUAUAAGGACAAAGAGUAUGGAUACGGCACAUUCUCAGUGGCUACGUCUGCUAUAAUUCUACAGGAUGUGCUGUCUGACUUACAGGCAAAGUUUAGGCGUGUGAGAGAGAAAUCAGAAAAUCACAAACUAAUUCAAGAAUUUAUUGAUGACUUCCCAAAAGAAGAGCUCUUUGCUGAUAACCAUCACAACGCAUUCAUUCCGAUGACCAUCCAUGCCAUAUUUGCUCUGGUGGAGGCUUUCAAGACAAAGUAUACACAGCUGUGUGGUGGGGCUGGCAACUUGUGCAAGACUUUGCUAGACUCCUUACAGUUGGGUGAACUUGAUCUUGUGAGUUCUGCGGCCAAUGUCAAGGUCCAAUACAAAGACAUGGAUCCUAACAUUCCGCCCAAUUGGUUUAGGACAAACAAUUACGUCGUCAGUUUUGAUGCUGAUGGAAACAUGAAGCAGACGAAUCAAGAUCCUUUAUAUACAGUUUACCAAUAUCAGGAGAAGUAUAUCCCAGUCGGGUUCUACAGAGACAGCCAGCUCCAUCUGAACACGUCUCUGAUCAAAAUGAAGACAAGUUCAGGUGACGUGUCUACUAUACAAACUUCCGUCUGCCAAAAUUUCUGCGACAAGUGCGUCACUAAAGGAAAAAUUCCAAUUUCAGUCAUGCCAGGAGACUUUUACAUCCUAGGAAUCUUUUCAAUUCAUGAUCAGGAUGAUGAUCCCUAUCAGUGCGGACCUUUCAGAAACUUCUCUAAUGACGCCAUAGCAGCGGAGGGAUUCUUUUUCGCUGUGAAAAAGUUGAGCGCCCUGACCGGCAUUAACUUUGGGGCUAUAGCUAUUGAUGAUUGUUACAGUCCUGUCAGGGCCACCACAAUUUUGUCCAGUUACUUUUAUGAUGAGACCGAUGAGAAAAAUCCACUUUUUGAAAGCCAGAUUUCAAUCAGUAAAAUUGUGGGUGUUGUGGGCUGUCUGUCCAGCAGCUGUACUCUUCCGAUUGCAACCUUCUUUACCCCGCAUCGAAUUCCAGUCAUUUCAUACUCCUCCAGCACCCCUGACCUUGACGACAAGCUCAAUUAUCCCUACUUCCUGCGCACUGUCCCUAGUGAUGUGUUCCAAGCGCGCGUCAUGCUGCAAGUGAUACAGAAAAUGAAUUGGCAGUACGUAGGACUCAUUUACAUCAAAAAUAACUAUGGCACAAAGGCCAUGAAAGCCUUCAAGGCUCUAGCUGCAACAGAGAAUUCUAGUGUGUGUGUCGCUGAGGAAAUAGGCAUUGGAGCCAAGUCUUCUGAUCUAGAUGAGGGAGAUUUUUUUAGGGUCUUUUCUAAACUCACUGCCCAGCAGGUCAAGGUCGUGGUCUUCUUUGGUAUACAUGCCCGUUACCUCGCCUUCUUACAAUAUUUGGAGCAAAAUAAAAAAUAUGGGACAUUUAUUUUCCUGGGCAGCGAAGAUUGGGGCAAGUAUGACAACAUUAUUGAUGCCGCCCCCAAAGCUUCCAGAGGCUCUAUUACCUUAAAAUUGGAGGAAAUCCAUCUUGAGUCAGAUGACGAAUUUCAGUCCUACCUGGCAGCUCGGACGCCACAAGUAAAUGAUGUCAACAUUUGGUUCUCUGAAUUCUGGCAGAAUGAAUUUCAGUGUAACUUACCAGGUGGAUUUAUGAAUAUCUUUGAUAGGGAUUGUAACCCAUCACUGAAGUUGACCUCUGAGAGUGUGGCCACCAGAUCGAAUGAACAGAGGCUCAAACAAGCCAUCAAUGCUGUGUACGCACUUGGUCAUGGUUGGAAUGAAGCCAGGAGUAGUGAAUGUGAGAAUGUGGCAGACUGUCUGCGUCAAAAAGUGGAUAAAGUCGUCGAGAAGAUCAAAGCGGUCAAGCGCAAGCAGGAUUACAAACAGUUCAUGGUGUUCGACAGUGAGGGCAAUGGUGCUAUAGGGUUCACCAUUUACAAUGUCCAACAAGUAGAUCAAGACAAGAAUACUUACUUCAAGGUAGGCACUUUCAGCUCCAAUGAUUCUUGCUUACAAACUAAAGAUAUGCUGUUUUACACUGACUCUGGCCAGACUAGGAAUGAGAUUUCUGCUCUGUGCACUCCUCUACUUUGUGGCCACUGCCCAAAAAUGUACAUCAUCCAAAAGCCAUCAGAAGCAGUAGCUGCUGUCCCACUUGCUGAUUAUAGGAACACAGACAUUUUGUUAAUCUCACUCAUCAUUGUCCUCAUCUUGGCCCUAGCGGUGACAGUGGCAGCCAUGUGGAUUUGUUUGAAUAACAAAUAUUCAAAAUUGUUGGAAAAGUUCAAGUUUAAGAAUUCUGAAGAGAUCUAUGCAGAGCCUGACGGACUUCAUUACCAGCCAUACUCCGAAACUCAUGGAAUCAAAUUUGCCAACAAUGAGCUUGAUCCAUAUCCCCAUGAGGAAGCAAACACCAUGAAUCCACUGCUAAGGGGCAUAACCAACCCAUCAUUUGUGCCAGACAACGCCGACGUUAUUUCUCAAGUCAAUUCCCUCAGAAAUAGGUCUGGCAGUCAGCUCCUCAGCCGAAGCAAUACACUGCGGACAUCGAUGAGCCGACCGCUGCCCAUUAGCCCUAUCAGCGAUAACGCCAUGAGUGAAAUCUUUCACGACAACAUGGCCUACUUGGAAAGUGUCUCCGAUGUACCUUACCUGCCUUCAGGAGCGACCAGUUCCCAGAUAGCUCACAACAGCAACAAUAGCAGUAUGCGUGCUGGUAGCGCACAGUUUGUCUUGUUACCGAAUGUUGGCGGCAACACUAGCGAGGGAUCAGAGACAGUCCUGUAUAGGAGAAACUCAUCACGCCAAAGCUCGAGCGCCGGUCAGCAGAGGACCCUGUCUCACCAGCCAUCUGUUAGAUCCAACAGCUCCAUCAUCAAUCCAGAUUUCGGCCCGUACAGCUAUGCUGCAGCUCAGCGUCAGAGGAUGAUGCAGAAUUCAUCAGUCCAGCCUGGAGAUUUCCAGCCAGCACUUCAAGAACUGAACAUUCAAAACACGCACUUGGCUCAGCAGGAAAACAAUGCAGUGCCACAACAAGGAUACAAGAAUGAUAUGGAGUAUGUUCCCCUUCAUUAUGCCUCCACUUCAGUCGCAUCAAGACAAACUCCAGGACCUCAGGUGCUUCCGAGUCCUGAUAUUCAUCCUUCACUCAUGGAUGAAUCUACACGGGCCUACUUCCUUCAGCAAAUGAACCUCAGUGGUUUACAAGCUUUAGAAAUGUCAAACAUGAAUCGAAGGAUGAGCACUCCUGAGGAUCAACACCACUUCCUCACCAAUAGUUCAAGGCCGCAGUAUGAGAACUCCAUGGUGGGUUCUCCUGAUCACAACAACCCUCCUCAUGACAUACAACCCCAGGUCAGCAUGGAGUCCAUUGAUCUCAAUUCUCACAUAGACACUCAAAAUGAGGUCACCUUUAGCCCAGCUGGUCAAACGCCUAACAAUGGAAAUUUUUUUACCCGGCUGUUAAAAGGGGGCAAUGUUACCAAUGUGUAAAAACUUAACGAAAUGGAAAACAUUUUAUAGACUAUUUGAUGUGAUCCUUUUUUGUGAUGGAAGGCAGGAGAGUGUCUUUUAGUGAACUGACUCAUCUUAAAUCUGAACAGUGACAUCCCAUGAUCCAUAUUGUUGGUAUGUAUCUGUGAAGAUCUCUGCUCCAACCCAAACAAAACAGUCAACAUUAGUUCAUUGCUGUAAUGGUCACACAGGACAGGACAAUAUGCUGUCAUUUGUUGAUUUUUUUUUGAAGCAGGGAGAUCAUUAUGUGUAAACUUUGGAGAAAAAGGGUUAUGAGUACACUCCCCUUUGCAAACAUUCAGGUGCACUAUAUCUGCAAUGUUUGGAUAGCAAAUGACUUCAUCAACAGGUCAAACAAUUUGAACUAUCACCCUCACAUUUUAUGGCAUUAAGUUUUAGUUCCCAGCAUGUCCUAAAGGUUGAGUUAUCUGUUCAUGACGGUGGACUGUUGGACUAGAAGCUGCCAUGACAUCAAUCGAACUGGCCAUUCGUUCAGUCUAUGAACAUAUUCUAACAUACCCUAACCACUGAGUGUUUUUACAUCGCAAUCAAUUUCAA